AUGUCCUCCAAAAAGUACCCUCUGUCAGGACUUCGCGUGCUUGAGCUCGCUGGCCUUGCCCCUGGUCCUUUUUGCGGCCUCCUCCUGGCGGACUGGGGCGCCACAGUGUUGCGCAUCGACCGACCUGGAUUUGUCCCAACAGGCGAUCUCUUGACGUCCCACAAAUCUUCGAUUGCCCUGGAUCUGAAGGAUGCUCAUUCACAAGAGAUCCUCCUCUCUCUGAUUCCGAACACCGACGUCCUGAUCGAUCCAUUCCGACCGGGUGUCCUUGAGAAGCUCGGCCUCGACCCGGAGAAGGUUCUUCUCAAAACCAACCCCCGGUUGAUAGUGGGGAGAUUGACUGGCUUUCGCCGCGAUGGAAAAUAUUCAGCCAUGGCCGGGCACGAUAUAAACUACCUGGCGGUUUCGGGUGUUUUAUCUUUAUUUGGUCCAAGAAACCUGCCACCUUCGCCGCCGCAAAAUAUCCUCGGUGACUUCGCGGGCGGUGGGCACGCCGCGUUCACAGGUAUCCUCUUAGCCCUCAUCAAUCGACAAGUCGAAGGUCGAGGGCAAGUCAUCGAAUCGAAUAUGGUCGACGGCGCCAGCUAUCUUGCUACGUUUCCGCGUCUUUUGACCCAACAUCCUUUAGGCAACGACGAGCGCGGCAAUAAUACCUUUGAUGGAGGCUGUCCAUAUUACAGCUGUUACGAGUGCGCAGAUCAAGGAAAAUAUAUGUCUGUCGGAUGCAUGGAGCCACAGUUCUACCAGCAAUUCCUGAAAGGUCUAGGCCUUGAACCGGGCGAGGCUGUCCCUGGUGAUUUGGACAGGGAGGACAAACGUGCGUGGCCAUUCAUGAGGGAGCUGUUCGCUCGACGAUUCCGAACCAAAACACGAAAAGAAUGGGAAGCUAUAUUUGACGGUACAGACGCUUGUUGCACGCCCGUGUUCGAGUUGAGCGAACUGAAGGCGGCAGGAUACGACCAGAGACCCAUAUCCGGCCUUAGCAAGACACCAGCCAAAGAAAUAGAGUCGCCUUACGAAGGCAAGGCUCUGCGUCCCGGCGAGCGAGGCGAAGAGGCAUUGAAAGAAUGGAUAGGCUGGAGAAAUGGGCGUGAAUAUGCCGUCAACGCCCAAGGCGCCUUUGUGAAGAGAGUCCGGAGUCAAUUGUAG